GUCCCUUGUAAAUCACAAUUAUCAUUAGUAUCUGAGAAAUCAUCGUCUCGAACUACCAUAUGACUCGAAUAACGCAAGUUUUUAAACUUUUUCGAAGAACUAUGUCGACGGACGUACGGGGAAUCGUAUUAUCCGGUACCGAGCUAGCAAAGGAAAUCCGAGAAAACUUAACGAAAGAUGUGGAAGCUUUGAAAAAGAAAUUGCCGAAUUUUCUACCAGGUCUUGCAAUCGUCCAAGUAGGCGGCAGAGAAGAUUCAAAUGUUUACAUAAGAAUGAAAAUAAAGGCGGCGAGCGACAUUGGAAUCGCCGUGGAACAUGUCAAACUUCCAAACACCACAACCGAAAUCGAAUUAAUAAACAAAGUCAAUAAACUGAACAACGAUCCAAACGUUCACGGAAUUAUUGUACAAAUGCCUCUGGACACUGUUAAUCAAAUCAAUAGUCACUUGAUUACUGAUUUAGUGUCGCCCGACAAAGACGUGGAUGGAUUAAACACGAUCAAUGAAGGAAGAGUGGCCAUUGGCGAUAUGACGGGAUUCGUGCCAUGCACUCCGAACGGAUGCAUCGAACUCAUCAAAAAGAGUGGAGUACCAAUCGCUGGCAGUCAAGCAGUAGUAUUGGGUAGAAGCAAAAUUGUCGGCACGCCAGUAGCCGAAUUAUUGAAAUGGCAUAACGCAACUGUGACGGUGUGUCACUCAAAAACGAAAAAUCUCCCGCAAGUUGUUUCGCAAGCCGACAUCUUGGUAGUUGCCAUUGGUCAGCCCCGGAUGGUCAAGGGAAAUUGGAUUAAACCUGGUGCAAUCGUAAUCGAUUGUGGAAUCAAUUCCAUACAAGAUCCUGCAAAGAAAUCCGGAACACGUUUAGUAGGCGACGUGGAUUACGACGAAGUUGCGAAAGUAGCUGCAUACAUCACACCAGUACCUGGCGGCGUUGGCCCAAUGACUGUAGCUAUGCUAAUGAAGAACACAGUAAUCUCUGCUCAAAGGACGUUAGAAAAAAUGAUAAAUAACAAGUGGAAAUUAAGGACUCUGAAAAUUAAUCCGCAAAAGCCCGUGCCCAGCGACAUAUCAAUUUCAAGGAGCCAAGAACCGAAACCGAUCACUACCCUAGCAGAAGAAAUAGGAUUGUACCCGAACGAAAUCAGCCCUUACGGUAGCAAGAAAGCAAAGGUCAGUUUAAACGUCCUGAAGAGAUUGAAGCAUCAACGAAAUGGAAAGCUCGUAGUAGUUGCUGGUAUGACCCCAACGCCUUUAGGAGAAGGCAAAAGUACCACGUCGCUUGGUUUGGUGCAAGCUCUAACCGCGCAUAAGGGAAAGAACACGUUUGUUACUUUAAGGCAGCCCAGUCAGGGACCCACCUUUGGCGUUAAAGGGGGAGCUGCAGGUGGAGGAUAUUCGCAGGUUAUUCCUAUGGAAGAAUUCAAUUUGCACUUAACUGGCGACAUCCACGCUGUGACCGCGGCCAAUAAUUUAUUAGCAGCACAAAUUGAUACCCGAUAUUUCCACGAAUGUACUCAAAACGAUAAGGCUCUUUACGAUCGUCUUGUACCGGCAGUCAAAGGUGUCAGGAAAUUUUCGAAAAUACAAUUAAAACGUUUAGAGAAACUUGGUAUUACAAAAACCGAUCCAAAGACUUUGACGGAAGAAGAAAUUGGAAAAUUUGCAAGACUGGACAUUGAUCCAGAAAACAUUACUUGGACCCGAGUGGUUGACACGAACGAUCGAUUUUUGCGUAAAAUCACUAUCGGGCAAAGCCCGACCGAAAAGGGUAAAACGCGAGAGACAUCUUUUUGCAAUACUGUGAGUUCUGAAAUAAUGGCAAUACUCGCACUCGCCACUGACGUCGAGGACAUGAAGGAAAGAUUGGGUAACAUGGUGGUAGCUUUUAACAAAAAUGGAGAACCUUUAACUGCUGAAGAUUUUGGUAUGACCGGGGCAUUGGCAAUUUUAUUGAAAGACGCCAUUGAGCCAACGCUUAUGCAAUCUUUGGAGGGAACGCCAGUAAUGGUUCAUACCGGACCGUUUGCAAACAUUGCGCACGGUUGUUCCUCGAUUAUAGCAGAUGCUAUUGCGCUAAAAUUAGUCGGGCCAGAAGGUAUUGUAGUAACCGAGGCUGGAUUCGGAUCUGACAUCGGUAUGGAGAAGUUCUUUAAUAUUAAAUGUCGAACAUCCGGUCAUGUACCAAACGCUGUCGUGCUCGUUGCAACUGUUAGAGCGCUAAAAAUGCACGGCGGUGGACCUCCAGUAACCCCUGGCGCGGUCUUAAAAAAAGAAUAUCUCGAAGAGAAUCUUGAAUUGGUUAGAAAAGGUCUUCCGAAUCUCCAGAAGCACAUAAGUAACGGAGUUAAAUUUGGUGUACCAGUUAUUGUCGCUAUUAAUGUACACGCUACUGACACGCAAGCAGAAUUGGCAUUAGUAAAGCAAGGAGCAAUUGCAAGUGGUGCAACAGAUGCAGUUGUAUGCCAACAUUGGGCAGAAGGUGGUGCUGGCGCCACAGACCUUGCAGAUGCAAUUAUAGCUGCCACCGAUAAACCCAGUAAUUUCAAAGUAUUGUAUGAUGUUCACGACAGUAUUGAAGAAAAAAUAAAUACUAUUGCUAAAGAAAUGUAUGGAGCUGGGCAAGUUGCUCUUGCAGACAAGGUGCAAGAUAAAAUUAAACUGUAUAAUAAAUUGGGAUACGAUAAAUUCCCCCUUUGCAUGGCAAAAACAUCAAAUUCUUUAACAGGUGAUCCAUCGGUUAAAGGUGCGCCUACAGGUUUCUCGCUUGAUAUUACAAAUAUAUUUGCAUCUGUUGGAGCAGGCUUUAUAGUACCUAUGGUCGGAGAUAUAAUGAUGAUGCCAGGUCUUUCUACAAGGCCAAGCAUUUAUGAUAUGGAUUGGAACAGUGAAACAGAUGAAAUAGAAGGCCUAUUUUAAGUGUUAUACUUUCAACAUUACAAACAUUCCUAUGAUUCGUAAUGAUAUAUCUUUAUGUAUCUAUCAAUAAUUGUUACAAUGAUUCUGUUUGAAAGGUUUUAUUUUAUACACAUAUUACAGAAUGCUUACAUUAAGAUAUACGUUUCUAAAUAUGAUAAACUCCGAUCUGUAUUAAACGAUAUAGUAAUAAAAAAUAUUUUUACAUUUCC